CAGGAUGUCGCAUUUGCUUUACUCUUUUUGUGACUGUUGAUCGUUUUCCUAAGUACAUAAAAUGCGAAUAGACAUCGGGGCUAGGCUCUUACAGCAGGCCGGACUUCAAAAACCCUCAUGGGCACCCGCAGCUCCGAUCCACCGGUCAUUCUUCGACUUGACAAGUUAACAACAACGUAGUAUCAUCAUUGCAAUCCAAUACUAGCAGAUCCGUUGGCAGUUAAUAUCUGAUAAUGGAACAGAGAAUGGGAACUGCGAUUUUGUCCGUCUGUCAAGGUCAAGCGCAGCGCCGAGAAGGACAAAGGAUAGUAUAAGGUGAGUAUCAAAGGAUCGCUGGAGUGACUGUUUAUUUCGCAUGCUUGGAAAUGUUCGCCGCCUGCGCCAGACAUUGUUUUGUCCUCAAGUUCUAAGCUGUAUGAACAACUCUGCGCCACUUGAUCUACCUUCCUGGUCCUAUACGAUUUGAAUUUUCAUUACUAAAACUACCCCAUUCAAUCACUCGCACUUACCUAGCCAGACCUCUCAAGCUCUCAGCUUCCAGAUAUUAGGGUAGCGAAUCUUACUCAUACUGACAUAAAAUAUGGGGACACGAUGAAGCGCCGCUCUGUUUUUCUAUCGCACCAUGAAUACCAGCUCGUCAACCCAUCCAUCUUACUCGGGGCUUUCUUUCUAGCUGCACACGCCAUACAAGCACAAACAUCCAACGCGACUUGUACCUUGACAGCUAGCACCCAAUGGAUGUUUAACUCUGAUGGUGAUUCCCCCUGCCUGAUAUGGUCUAGAAUCCAGUCUUUAUGUUUAUUAUCUUCUUCAUAUAUCAAUGUGCCACCAUUACUGGACUCAUCAUGGUCUUACAAUGCACCGACAGAGAGUAGUUCGGCUUGUUUGUGUAAUUCGGUCUCGUACAAUCUUAUGGCGGCAUGUACAUACUGCCAAUGGAAAAAUGCCUCGAUCCUUACCGAGGAUGAUUGGUCUUCUGGAUGCUCCUCGUAUACAUCUACUGGUCUCGGGUUCGCAGAAGCGGUUGAGCAAAUCCCUAUAUGGGCGUUUAGACCCUCUUCAAACGAUAGUGGGGCGUGGGACCCAUCCGUUUCAAGCGUUACAGCUGCGGCUAAUACGGGUUCAUGGACCACGACACUUUCAAGAAGCUUUGCGGAUGCCAGUAAAACCACAGCUGGGAAUCCGGCUGUGACGACUGCGAGAGUAAACGUGAGCGGAAGCGGGGUCAGUGAAAAUUCCAUCUGGGUCCAAAAUACGGGCACUGAGACUGCUUCUUCCACCUCUACUUCCAACUCGAACUCCACUUCUUCUUCCGACAAAGACGGCGACAGCAAUGAUUCAUCUACGUCCCACUCCAUCCCUCUCGGUCCCGUUAUAGGUGGCGCAGCAGGGGGCCUCAUCGGAUUGAUAAUCCUCUUCCUCCUCUGGAGAUGGUAUGUCAACAGCCGACAUCGUCUUUCCAACCCCUAUUCCCCCUCUUCCACUUCCCCCGGUUUCGGCGGACGGAUCAAGAAGGAAAAGCAGAAGAAGAAAAAGAGGAUGUCGUACCCUUACCCAGCCAAUACCAGAGAUAGCUUGGUUGCUUCCCCUCCUGUCUUUGCUUUAGGCGGUGGGGUUGGGGGAGAUGAAGAAAGAGGACAAUCGAGAGGGAGAAGUUUCCUAGAUAUGCUAGUCGGUGGUAAAGGGGAUGAGAGCGGAAACUGGAAGGGACAGCAGAGGGAUACGGCGCUGUACAGUGAUCCGACGACAUUCGCUGACCCGAGGAAAGCACCGGAGCCCUAUUCGGCCAGCCCGAUGAAAUGGCGAACCACAAGCGAACGGUUAACACUAGAAACAGAUUUAUCAGACUCUGAGUCGGCUUGGAGCGUGAGCGACGAUGGUGGUGAGGAUGACGGUCGAAGAAAGAAAAAAGGAAGAUGGAAAGAGGCGUUUAUACCUUCCAUCGCAAUGGCAGCAGAAGCCAAGAAGAAGGCAGAUAGAAACAACAGGAAGCUGAGCACGUAUACGACGACAUCUCAACAACGCUUGACAAGACGGACGUUGACGCCUUCAGAAAUGGAAGAAGACGAGGGGGCGCCUUUCCCACUCUGCGUUCGUCCAGAAUCAAUUCUCACCCCGAUUCCGAGUACGAAGACACAGCCCCUCAGCACUGUGUCACAUCCAGGACCCAAAAACUCCAAGCCAACCACAAACCAAACUCCAAAGACAAGCCAAAGCAACCGGCAACUGCUAACCUUACCCCCCAAGCAACCUCCCCCGGCGCACCUCCCGCCUCCAGCCCCAGAUGAAGCUCAGUCGCUCUCGCUUCUGUCACCUCUUGGUGGCAGAGUAGAUUUCUCCCAACCACCGUCCAUCCGACGAGAAAGGAUCUCAGAAAAUCCUACGCUACCUUCGUUGUACGAACCUCCCACAGGGGCUAGGACGUAUAGGGCUUCAAGAGGGUCAGAGAUGUUCAGUCCUGGUUCAAGGUAUAUGGGGACUAUCUAUGGAGACGGUGGGGAUGAAGACGGUGCUAGAGGCGGAGGAGAAGGAAGAAGGUUCAGUGAAAGUACGAUAGGGACCGCGUUAGGGAGCGCAAGGUCAUUCAAAACGCGAGAUGGAAGGGGAAGGUGGAGUGGGGAGAGUGCACCCGCUUUGCCGACGCCCAAGCCGAGGUAGAUUUCAAUCUGUUAUUCAGAUAGGGAUGAUCCAGAGUGAAAUGGUCAUGAGCGAUAUAGAAUAUUAGGUUUUCUCGUCGAUAAUACCUGGGUCCCUUGACGUAUGCAAGGGUCGCGUAUAUACCGUUUUCACGUG